GUCGGUGUGAUUAUGGGAUUUAUCUUUGGCACUGUCAACAUCUUCCGAUAUGGUGCUGGGCAGCAGGGCAUCAUGAGGACCCUUGGCCAGUACAUGGGCGCCUCUGGCGCAACCUUUGGGUUCUUCAUGGGCGUCGGCAGCGUCAUCCGAUCAGAUGCCGACCCCAAGCUACACGAGCUGUACAUGCGAGCGCAGCGACGACCGAUAGUACUGAGAGCGAAUCCUGCUUGGAAGCGAGACGAAUAA